AUGCAGAAGAUCAGGGCUCGUAUGCAAACAACUCAAAGCGGACAGAAGAGCUAUGCUGAUUUGAGACGUAAGGACCUGGGAUUUGUGACGGAUGAUAAAGUGUUCUUAAAGGUGGCACCUAUGAAAGGUAUUCUGAGGUUUGGCAAGAAAGGGAAGUUGAGUCCGAGGUUCAUUAGGCCUUUCGAGGUCUUAGAGCAAAUUGGCCCCUUGAAUGACAACUUGAGCUACAAGGAGAAGCCUGUAGAAAUUCUCGCCAUAAAGGUAAAGACAUUGCACCAUAGGGAGAUAACUUUUGUAAAAGUGUUAUCGCAGAAUCGUCAGUUCAAGGAAGCCACUUGGGAGCGAGAGGAUGAGAUGAGAACCCAAUACCCAGAGUUGUUCCAGCAGUAA